AUGGAUCGUAGUUGGGUGAAUGCAAGAAGAAUCAUUGAUGAGUAUCAAAAUGGGGUUGAACAAUUUUUGGAAUUGGCUCAAAGAAAUCAAGCAGAUUUGAAUGGAAAAUUUUAUUGUCCUUGCGUUAAUUGUUUAAAUGGGAGACGACAUGUAAUUGAUGAAAUACGAGACCAUCUUAUUUGUGAUGGGUUUUUAACGAGCUAUACAACAUGGAUAUGGCAUGGUGAAGAUAAAGAAACUCAAAUUGUGGCCCAAACUGAGCAAGAUGAUGUAGAAAUGGAAGAUCAAAUAGAAGACAUGAUUCGUGAUGUGGGACAAGAGUUUUUCCAGCAAGCACAAUCACAUGUGUAUGAUACUUUAAAAAGUGACUCAGAGACACCUUUGUUUCCUGAUUGUACAACCUACACACGAUUAUCAGCAGUGUUGAGAUUAAUGAACUUAAAGGAAAAAUAUGGGUGGAGUGAUAAAAGUUUCACAGAGUUUCUUGAGGUGUUGAAGUUAAUGCUUCCAAAAGACAACACGUUGCCAGAUCGUCAUUAUGAGGCGAAAAAGGUUUUGUGUCCGAUGGGUCUACAGUAUAAGAAAAUACAUGCAUGCCCUAAUGAUUGCAUAUUGUAUAGAAAAGAGUUUGAAUCAUUGCAAAAAUGUCCUCGUUGUGGGUUGUCACGGUACAAAGUGAAGGAUGAUGGUCGUAGUAGUGAUGAAGAUGUAGUUGAGAAGGGGCCUCCAGCGAAGGUGUUAUGGUAUCUUCCAAUUAUUCCAAGGUUCAAGCGAUUGUUUGCUAAUGCAACUGAUGCAAUGAACCUUACAUGGCAUGCAGACAAAAGAAAUUGCGAUGGCAUGCUUCGCCAUCCAACUAAUUCCCCACAAUGGAAAAAAAUUGAUGGUUUGUUUCCAAAUUUUGGUAGUGAGGCAAGAAACCUUAGGCUCGGGCUUGCUUCAGAUGGAAUGAAUCCUUUUGGAAACUUAAGCACUAACCAUAGUUCAUGGCCUGUUCUCUUUUCAAUUUACAAUUUCCCUCCUUGGUUGUGCAUGAAGAGAAAAUAUGUGAUAUUGUGUAUGAUGAUUGCAGGCCCAAAACAAUCAGGAAAUGACAUAGAUGUUUAUCUAAGUCCUUUGAUCAAGGACUUUAGAAUUUUGUGGGAAGAAGGGGUUGAUGUGUUUGAUGGGUAUCGUCAACAGAGUUUCAAUCUACAUGCAAUGAUAUUUUGUACUAUAAAUGAUUUUCCGGCAUAUGGGAACUUGAGUGGAUAUAGUGUUAAAGGACAUCACGCAUGCCCUAUUUGUGAAAAACAAACAAGCUACCUUUAA